AUGCUGCUGCAUCGGUGGGUUGCGCGCAUCUUUACGCUUCAAGUCAUCCUGCACUCGAUCUUGGAAUUCAUUCUGUACCACCGCAAGGGCGAAGUCGAUGCCGAGCAGAAAGAACCAUACUGGAUCUGGGGCGCUGUUGCUACGGUAGCAUGUUGCAUCAUGGUCGUCAUAUCGACGCUGUAUUUCCGCCGCAAGAGCUACGAGAUCUUUCUCAUCUUGCACAUCCUGCUGGCGAUUUUCGUCAUCGCGGGCUCGUGGUAUCACGUUGAGUUCAGAUACGAAAGGAAGUGGGGAUAUGAGUUCUGGCUUUACGCGACGUGCGCAGUGUGGUUCUUCGAUCGCUUAAUGAGGGUCGCCAGGUUGGCGAAGAAUGGUGUCAAGAGGGCGGAGGUUACGCAAAUCACCGACAAUAUUGUAAGAAUUGACAUCAAGGAUGUUCGAUGGGAUGCAAAUCCUGGAAGACAUGCUUAUGUUUAUUUCCCAACGUUGAAUGCGUUAAGGCCAUGGGAGAACCAUCCGUUUAGCGUUGUUCCCUACUGCGCUGCUUCAGUCGAGAAGACACGAGGUCGCCACAUCAAGCUCAGUGUCGCGGGCAUCUCGCUCUACGUGCGCAGAUCGACUGGCCUUACCAAAGCACUUCAGCUCCACAAAGAUCUCGUCACGCUCAUCGACGGGCCCUAUCGUAACAACUCGACUUCCGGCGUCCUUAAGACAGACAGAUUGAUCUUGAUCGCUGGCGGCAUUGGCGUCACAGCUGUUUUGCCCUUCAUCGCCCACCAUACCAACGUCAAGCUAUUCUGGAGUGUCAAAGCCAGCAGUCAGGGUUUGGUCGAUAGCCUCAGUGACGUGUUGCAGGAUCUAAGCGAGAAGGAAGUCCGGGUAGGAAGCAGGUUCAACAUCCAAGAUCUGCUGGAACGCGAAGAAGCCGAGGAUUGGCAGAGGAUCGGCGUUGUUGUAUGUGGACCUGGUACGCUUUGUGAUGAUGUGAGAAGCCUCGUUGCGAAGAGGGCUCGCUCCGGUGUUGCGUCGUGGGAGCUCGACGUCGAGGCUUUCUCUUGGUGA